UUCCGAAUGGAGUGCGUCGUGUGCGUAAAGUCCAAAUUGCCGUUGGUGCCAACUUUUAUGUCGUUUUCUAUUUUACUGCAUAAAUAAUCUCUCAGAUCACCAUUAAAGUCGAGUAAAUGCAGCCAUGACGCGAGAGGAAGAUAUCAUCCGGAUUGCAAAAAAGCUGGACAAGAUGGUGUCUAGAAAUAACACGGACGGAGCUCUGGACUUGUUGAAGGAACUCAAAAGUUUCAACAUGACUCUUAAACUUCUCCAGGAGACCAGGAUUGGCAUGUCUGUGAAUGGCAUCAGGAAACACUGCACAGAUGAGGAAGUCAUCACUCUUGCUAAAUUCCUUAUCAAAGACUGGAAAAGACUUCUGGAAUCCGGGAACAAUGAGAAAUCGUCUGAGCACAAGAACGGCGUGGAGUCAGAGAAGGCAGAAUCUCCGCUGCUCAGCUCUCCCAGUCACAGCCACAGCAGGAAAGACAACAAAGACAGCAAAGACAGUAAACAUACACAUUCAGAAGUGUCCAAACCCAAGUCCCCUGUGCUCAAACGGCCUUCACUGGAAGUUAAGAGGAAGUUCCCUCCAGACCCCAAUGCUCCUAUAGCCCCCCUUCCACUCCACCUCCACCCACCCCCUGCAAGAAAAGAGCCUCCUGAUUCAAACGCUCCUCUUCCCCCUCUGCCUCUCCACCUGCACCCCCCUCCUCCCCCAAAGCGCCCCUCUGUGGAUGGAAAAAAGGAGAGAAAGGAGUCUUCAGAGGCUAAGGGAUCACCACAGAAGAAAUCUGUCGAUGUUAAAAAAGAAAGGAAAGAGUCCACUGACAACAAAGUGUCUAAAAAGCACUCAGGGGAGGCCAAGAGAGAAAGGGUUGAUUCAAAUGAUUCUCUCAAAAAGCCCUGUGAGGAUGUAAAGAAAGAGAUACGAAGAAGAGAGUCCAGUGAUUCAAAACCAGGUCAUCCCCAAAAACGCACAUCCAGUGAUUCAAAGUCUGACAGGCGAGAGUCGACUGAUUCAAAGAGGAGCAGCUCACCUCCGGCAAAGAAACUGAGUAGUGAAAGGAGAGAGUCACAUGGAUCUAAAACCUCUACUCAGCCUGGACCCCCACACAGGAAGCCUUCCACUGACAGCAAUGACAGCAGAAAAAGCAAAGGUGAUGUCCCUAAAACCCCCACGACACCCACCAGCCCUCUGUCUCCCGGUUUUGGAACAUCUGGUGGUCCUCUGUCCCCUCACCUGUCCACGGGGGACUCAGUCAGAGACAAGUGCAUCGAGAUGAUCGCAGCUGCCCUGCGUACAGACAAUGACUACAAGGAAUUUGGAGUCAACUGUGACAGCAUGGCAGUAGAGAUUGAAGAUCAUAUUUACCAGGACAUAAAGGCCACUGAUAUGAAAUAUAAAAACAGGGUGCGGAGUCGAAUCAGCAAUUUGAAGGACCCUAAAAACCCAGGACUUCGCAAAAAUGUCCUAGCGGGAAACAUUGAGCUAAGUCGGAUUGCUACCAUGACUGCAGAGGAAAUGGCCAGUGAUGAGUUGAAACAGUUGAGGAAUGUCCUGACCCAAGAGGCCAUCCGAGAGCACCAGAUGGCCAAAACGGGCGGCACCACGACGGACCUCCUGCAGUGUGGCAAAUGCAAGAAGAAGAACUGCACCUACAACCAGGUGCAGACCCGCAGCGCUGAUGAGCCUAUGACCACAUUUGUCUUAUGUAACGAGUGUGGAAACCGCUGGAAGUUCUGUUGAUGCUGAGCACCAAGAGACCUUAUGGACCUUAAUGUUUUCAUGAUGCGAGAAGAAUUAUUGCAGCUAGAGUGAUUUAAGUGAAAAAGUAUUCUCCCAGUUUUUACUUGAAAUCUAAAGCUUUGUGUGCAUUUCAGUCAGACUUAUUAAUUAAAGACAGCAUGGAUUUUAGUUUGAUUUCACAAUUUAUGUUGAUGACACUAAUAAUGAUUUUAAUUCUGUUGCAGCUGUGUAUUUUGUACAUAUUUAGUAUUAAUAAAAUGCAUAUGUGAUCAA